AGACUACCAAACUAGCAGAAUCGGCUGGUGUACCAGCAAUGCUUGAUGUGCUUGUAGGUACGUCCCGUGCGUAAUGGACUUCGAGCCAAAUGGCUCCGACGGACGAAAUGUUAGUACUGUUAAUUCGCCGCCCCCGCCGCCCACCACCAUGCACCCGCUCUACCAGACGUACGACGUCAUGACAGGCAUCCGCAUAGCCAUCACCUUGGGCGGCUUCUUCGGUCUGAUGGCGCUCCUCAUGCUGUACAAAUCCAAAUCGAAGACUGAGAAGGCCAUGGAGGACCCCGAUUUCACGGCAGCCGCGAUCGCCGAGGUGGAGGAGGAAGAGGAGCGUCAGUUGCAGAAGGUGCUGGAGCAGACGGUGCAGCACCAGCUGAACCCGCGCAGGAUCAGGAAGUCGCUGGAGACGUCGAGCUUGUCGCCCAAAUGGGGCAGGAACGCGUCGAGGUUCUCCUCGUUCGCCGGAUACUCGGGCUUCGUGGAUCCCCCGACGAGGCUCCAGCACAAACUGCCCGUGUUUACCGACGACGAGGCCGAGGAAAUCGGGUCCUUUUGCGACGAUAUUUAUUAUAACGACCAUUUGGACGUACCGCGAAGACCGAGCAACAUCACGUGCUCGUCAUCGGGCAGCUCCUACCUGGAGCGCCGGGACUCGGCCACGACGCUGGUGCCGCCUGGGAUGUCUACGCACAAAUGCAAAUCGUCCCAAUGCCGGUUCACCAUCGUGCCGGAAUUGUACGACUAUUGUUGUCCCAUUGACAUUAGGGUGACGCAGCCGACGCCCGGGGGAUCCCCCUACGGCAGCAGUCGGGCGCUCUCCAACAGGGCUGUUGAUAUUCCGAAUUUAAAGCCGAAGCUGGCGCCGCUUGCUUCGAUCAGUAGUUGUAAUAGCUCAUUAGGAACAGAUAUUCCAGACGUGGAAGCCCAAUCGCUGGCCAGCGAUUCGGUUUUCCAGGAAGACGACGAGGACACGGAGCGCGAAUUGGACGAGUUCAGCACGGACAGCGACGCCAACAGCGAGGACGGCGCCUGCUACGAAAGAAGGCGGAUAAGACUGACCGUUCCCGUGGACAUUGAACACAUCCCCUCUUCCAAGACCUCGUCCACGCUGGUCGGCAGCCAGGACAGGAACCUCUCCGCUUCCUCGUUGGACAGCCUCGACAAGCAUUCUUGGGUCCAAGAGGCGCUGUUCUGAUCGGUCGCGGCCGCACGUUCGGAUUUAUUUCUACUCUACCUUCCUCAUGAGAUUCCCCGGGCGCUGAGCCACGGUUUUCUGAAAUUUUACACUCCGAGCAUCGUAUUGGUGCAUGCGGUAUUUUCCUUAAAUUUCUAAUGUGUAAAGCAACGAAAAUUGAGAAAUUUCUUCUACAUCUGCUGACGUACGUUACUUUCAUAGUAUCGAUAGAAUUGAUAUUGUAUGAAAAUUUAGAUAAGGGAAAAUAUUCAAGUAAAUUGAACAUACAGAAAUAUUCUAGAGAUAACCAUCUUCUGUUGUUAAAUGUCAUUCAAAUAAUCUGCAGUUCUCUAACGAAUAUUCCUGGAUGUUCCUGGAUUUUCGACAGUCCAAUUCCACAUCGGGCAAGGGUAAUAAAACUAGUCGACUUAGAUAUUAUAGUCAAUAAAAUAAUUUACAAAUUUACGCGAGGAAGAUGCGGUAGAUAAUUUUAGAGUAAUGUUAAAUAGGAGCCUACUUUGACCGAAUUGUAAAUUAAAAUUUAUUUUAUGGAAUCAUGAAUAAAUGUAUUGUUAAAUUACUCUCAUUUAAACCCAACAAGAAUCGAAGAUAAAAAACUAGUUUAUU